AUGACUCAAAUGGAAGCGCCCGCGAUAAACCAUUGUCAAAAUGUACGCUAUCAAUCCAUUAAGACCUAUAAAUAACCUCCUUUCUCUCUCUCACUUUCACUCUUACUCUUUCCUUUCUUUCGCUCUCGCUCUCGCUUUUGGUUUCGUGGACCUUCGAGGUUUCGAUCGGAAAGGAGGGUUUUAGCGACGAUGGAUGGAGAGAGGAGAGCGGAGGCGGGGAGUUCCUCCGCCUCGAUAACUCUUAGGGACGCCCUUGAAGCUCCGCCGGAGAGCGGCGAUGAUGCCUUGGUUGGUGAGAAGAAGGCCGAAAUCGAUGAGGAGGAAGUUGAUGGAGAGGAGGACGAGGAGGUUGGAGCCGAUGGGUUCGUUCCCGGGCCUCUGAUCUCCCUCAAGGAACAGCUGGAGAAAGACAAGGAUGAUGAAAGUCUGAGGAGGUGGAAAGAAAAGCUGCUUGGUUGUCUUGAGGGAGAAUUAAAUGGCCAAAUGGAACCUGAAGUUACAUUCCACUCCAUAGGAAUUGUGUCUGAGGGCUGUGCUGAAAUUGUAAUACCCUUACCAGUAGCAGAGGAUCAAAGCCAUGUUUUAUUUACUCUCAAGGAAGGAUCACAAUAUCAUCUCAAACUGACUUUCAGUGUUAAGCAUAACAUUGUUUCUGGCUUAAAUUACUUGAACACUGUGUGGAAGAAAGGUCGACAAGUCGAUCAAAGCAAGGGAAUGCUUGGUACUUUUGCUCCUCAGCUUGAGCCCUACGAACAUUCGCUGGAAGAUGAGACUACUCCCUCUGGUUCACUCGCUCGUGGAGUCUACUCAGCGAUACUUAAGUUUGAAGAUGAUGACAAGAGAUGCCACCUGGAACUCGGCUACUCCUUUGAAAUCAAGAACCGUUGAUAAUAUAUUUCUCAAGAUCAAACAAAAUUAAAACUUAAUAAAAGAGGCUGUGCAAUGCACAUGUACUUAAAGCUGCACAAUGUUUUAAACCGCAGAAACUUGUUUUAAGGGGACCACACCUUACAAAAAACUAAAAAGAAAUAAAAUGAAGAUCUCCACCUGUGCAUCCA